CCCCACUAGGUGACCUCACCGAUUAGCCGAGCGCUCCUAUGGCGGUCCCAGGUGGUCGCAAAGGCCGAGGUCGUCGAUUCGAGCGCCAGCGCAACUGCGCAAGUGCCAGUGUCGCGUCGGCGGCAGCUCGUCAUGGUCAUGGGGGAGAGCCCGUCAACGAAAGCGCUUAAAGUUUGGACCCUUCGUCUCGUCCAGCGCAUUUCAAGAGAUUUGACUUCUUCCUACUGUCGGCGACUUCCAUAUUGCUGAUUAACUCGCGUACUCAGUGUUCCGAUUGCCUCGUCAGAUUGCUUCCCGUCAUCGUUAGAAUCCAAGGUCCCCUUGCUCGCCCCGCUACCGCUCUCUACCUCGGAUCUCGAUCAGUGCUGAACGCCGACGCCGACGCUGCUACCGACGAGGAAUUGGCGACCCCUCCCCCUUGGUUACAACCUGUCCAGUUGUUGGAUUGGCAAGAAAUCCGGCCAGUUCUAUUCAGCAUCGAGUUGAGGAUUCUUACGAUGGCUGCGCAGUCCAAAUCAGCACCCAUCUCGCCAUGGGGAAAGGCCGUUGCUGGCGCAUCCGGCGCUGUACUUGCUAACGCCUUGGUGUACCCUCUUGACAUCGUCAAGACGCGUCUCCAGGUUCAAGUCAAACCCCCGUCCACCGCACCAACGACUGAACCGGCCGACCUCGUUGAGUCUCACUACUCGUCUACUUGGGAUGCCUUGAGCAAGAUCGUUGCCGAUGACGGCCUCAAAGGUCUGUAUGCCGGCAUGAGCGGCUCUCUCCUCGGCGUUGCUUCAACCAACUUUGCCUACUUUUACUGGUACUCUGUCGUUCGUGCCCUUUACCUGCGCUCGGCCAAGACCUCUACGCCACCUUCGACAGUGGUUGAGUUGAGUCUUGGUGCCGUUGCAGGUGCUAUCGCCCAGCUCUGCACGAUUCCUGUCGCUGUCAUUACGACCAGACAACAAACCCAGCGAAAGACGGAGAGGAAAGGGUUUGUCGAUACUGCCCGAGAAGUGAUAGACGGAGAGGACGGUCCUUUUGGCCUGUGGAGGGGCUUGAAGGCGAGCUUGGUACUGGUCGUCAAUCCCGCCAUCACCUAUGGCGCGUACGAGAGACUCAAAGAAAACUUGUUCCCUGGAAAGAACAGUCUCAAGCCGUGGGAGGCUUUCCUCCUCGGCGCUGCCUCCAAAUCGUUGGCAACCAUUGUCACUCAGCCCCUCAUCGUAGCUAAGGUAGGCCUGCAGUCCCGGCCUCCGCCAGAGAGAAAAGGCAAGCCAUUCAGCAGCUUCGUUGAGGUCAUGAACUUCAUCAUGGAGCGCGAGGGGGUCUUGGGUCUCUUCAAGGGUAUUGGACCCCAGAUUCUCAAGGGCCUUCUCGUUCAAGGCAUUCUCAUGAUGACUAAAGAGCGCAUGGAGCUGUUAUUUGUUCUUUUUCUCCGCUAUCUCAGGACCCUUCGUACGAAGCAGUUGCAAGGCAUUGUCCAGAGCACCGCGGCGGUUCGCAGCAUAUCCUCGGCCAAGCCUCUUUGAGGGGCGAGGAGGACCUCAAGCCGCAUUUGACAGGUGAAGAGUAUUGCAUAGCCAGGGCACCGAGAGGCAGGGCAAUGUGAUUUAUGGCAUCAUACACGGCAAAGCUGAACAAUAUCCGACGGACCUGGAUAGAAUCGGUCGCAUGCGGGUUAGGUCAGAUUGAUGAUGAGCGAAGCAAGCUUAGAGGCUAAGGGGAAAGGAGUCAAGUCACUGCAAUACAGACGAGGAGAUAGGUGUCUAACCGCUACGCUAUCCGGAAGCAAAAUGCAUUGCCUAUGUUCCGAGCUUUUGUAUUUGAUAAACUACCUAUUGCUUCCUUUCUGCUAGCAAAGUUCUAUGUGAACAUGACCAAUUCGCCAUGCAGGU